GGCCAGUUCGUUCUCGUCGCUAUCGUCGGCCGACGUUCGACGCGGUUUUUCGAGCGGUGCCCGGACACGUGUCGCGAGGGACGUUCCCUCCUCCCCCGUCCGCUCGACGCCCAUCUCGCGAUGGUAAUCGCGAUGUAUCGGAAUUGCGCUAGAUCGCCGAUCGAACUAGUUUCGAGGUGGGACGAUUCUCUGCGUCUAUUCCGAGAGUGGGACAGAUUAGAGACGCUCGCGGAUAUUGGAUCGAGCCGUGAUCGCGGCGCAGUUCUGCAUCGAUUCCGCGCGCAGCCGCGACGAUCGCGUCCGGAACGAUCGGAUCCCGAGCUCCGCGGAUACGCGCGUUCGCGCUCGCGUUAUCUUAUCGCCGGGAAAUCUGUCCGCAAGUUUCCGGGAAUCCGCGAGGAGCAGCAGCUGGGUCCGGGCCGCGUCGCGGGAACCGCGAACAGUGCUCCGUCGGCCGAUCAGCGAACCGGGAACGAAUAUAUCUGCUCGGCUCGGCUCGGUACGCUCGACGAUAUCGAUAUUCGAGCGGGUUCCGGAUCGUCCAUCGCUGACAUCUCGUGACUCCGCACGACGAUUGCCGCGGGCCGCGACAAUUGAAUCGUUUGACCCGUUUUUAUUGGCACAAGUCGCGACACCCGCGAAUGGGAAGCUAGCCAGGCGAGGACCGAGGAGACAGGGAGGCUGUCCGCGCGGUAGUCUCGUGACUGGUCUCGGAAGAUGAGGCAGAGAGGAUCGCACGCCGCCCGGAAUCCGUGGAGCGCGCGCGCGCGAUAACCGCCGCCGAUUAGGAGGAUCUCGGGGUCCUUGCCGCGAGUCGCGCCAGGGGAUACCGUGGGGCAGGGACACGGGGCCCGCCCGAUCGCCGCGUCCUCGCCGCGAAUUUUCCUCUUUUCCGUUCGCCACUCGCCGUUCGACCGUCGACGGACGGGAACGCUCCGGGGAGAACUCCUUCGCGCCGUUUCCACGCAGCCAAGGGCGAGCACGGUCGAUCGACCGAUCGAUCCUCGGGUACGGGUACGAUGACCAAGGGAAGAAGCAACGAUGCCGUCGUCGCGACGAUUCACGUGAGAUACGAGGACAACGUCGACGGCGCGGCGAACGUCGAGACGGCGAUAUCGGAGGCAGGUUACGGCUGGUUCAACGUGUUGCUCCUCGCGGCGGCACUUCCGGCCGCAUGGAGCGGGAUCUUCGACACCACGACCACCGCCUUCGUUCUGAUCUCCGCCGAGUGCGAUCUUGGGCUGACCACGUUUCGCAAGGGGCUGCUGGCCGCGACCCCGUUCCUAGGCAUCAUUCUGGCCAGUCUGCUAUGGGACCGCGUCGCACCCUACGUCGCCACGAGGAACCUAUUCAUCGUCGGGCUACUGGCGGACACCGUUCUCAACGUAAUCAGCAGCGCCCUCGACUCCUACUAUGCGUUCCUGGCGGUCAAAUUGGUCAUCGGUCUUCUCGUCGGCGGGCCGUUCUCUAUGGUGACCAACUACUUGUCCGAGUUCCAUUCCGCCGAGUACAAGGCCGGCUUUGCCAGAUGGAGCGGCCUGGUUAUGAACGCAGGGAUCAUCUUCCCGGCAGUUAUGGCUUACUUUAUCGUGCCGCUGUCCUUGGACGUUGAGAUCUUCUUCCGGCGGUACAACGCUUGGAGGAUUUACCUGUUGGCCUGCUCGGUGGUCCCGCUGGUGGGCAUCCUGACGGCCUGCAUGCUGCCGCACUCGCCGAAGCAUCUCGUCGAAAGCGGCCGGCCCGACGAAGCCUUGAAUCUUCUUAGGAGGAUGUACUCCCUCAACACGCGGAAGUCGAUGGACUCGUUUCCGAUCAGGACGCUGGUAGGCUGCCGGAAGCCGCGACGGCCUUUCGUCGAGGCGAACUCCGAGCAAAUCCGACUGGCCUGGUACAACGCGCGACUGUUGUUAUCCGGACGGUACCUGCGAACGUUCGCUCACCUGGGCUUCCUGCAGUUCGGCAGCUCGCUGGCGUUCAACACUAUGAGGCUCUGGGUGCCGCACACGUUCAUGAUCAUAAGCAACUUCGACCGCGAAAGCUGGACCUUGGACAGACCGCCGCUUCUGGCGGACCUGCUGCAUCGCCGGUACACCGUGACCCUGCAGCAGUACUCCGACUGCCCGGAUCUGUACGGUUUCUGCGUGAGGUGGCAGGUGAACGGCUUGAUCUAUUUGAAAUCCACGAUCAUCGCGAUCUCGACGGUGUUCUUCGCGUUCCUCGCCGGACAGAUAACCGGCACCGAUUUUCGCAAGAAGACGAUACUGCUUGCCGCUUUCCUGAUCACGGCGGGAAGCGGCCUUGGGAUCAGCUGGGUCCCGGAAGCUCCUAAUAUACUGACGCUGGCAGCCGCAAUUAUAGUCGCGUCGAAAAUCGCGAGCAACAUUGUGGCCGCCGUCAGCGGCCAAGUCAUUCCUGUACCGUUCAGGGCCACCGGCCUCAGCCUGCUCACGAAUCUCGGCAACUUGGGUGCCAUCCUUGGGAACCUCAUCUUAUCGGCCAUUCUGGACGCAGAGCCAGCCGCGGCGUUCGUCGGCCUCGGUGUCCUAUUGCUGGUCUGCUUCAUUCUGUCGCUGGUGUUGCCCGAACCGGCGAAAGCGUCGCCAAAGGCCGCUGUCGACGGCAACGCGUGACGCUGGCCGGAACUCGCCGUCAUUCCUCCCCGUCCGAACAGACUCGACCGCUAAAAAAUGGUUCCUGCAGAGUCGUCGGGCCGCGCACGGUCGCGAGUACGCGCGACGACGCUUCUCGCCGAAACUGCAAAUCCUCCGAUUAAAUAGCACGUUUUUCUUCCAAGGACAGAGCGCCGCGCGACGACGCCGAGAAGCGGGCUGCCGUCUUAUCCGCGGAACGUUUUCUCUCCGCGCGGCAACCGGAAGCGAAUAUUCGAUCGGCGUCGCCCGAUUUUCCAUAACGCGCGCGGCGACUAUUUACGAAACGCGUCGUCGGAAGGAAAAUCGAAUUCGCGACGCGCGGCGACCGAUCCGCGGAGCGUUAAUAGCACGAUUACACCGAUAAAAGGAACGCGGCCGCGCACCGUCCGUCCACGAGCUCGUUGCGCAACCGAGACUAUCGUUGCAUCGAAACCGAAGGUUAUAUUUGACGACGUUCGAUUAACUCGAGCGAAACGAAUUUAUUGUCCGAUCACGAUCGGUAUCUCCGUAUUUCGCGCGAGAUGCAGCCGGGAUAGACGAUGCUCGAUCCGUGGAUGGAUAUAUUAUUCGCGGGCACGUUAUGCAAAUCGCUAGUUUUUUCUCUCUCUUCGUAUUCCUUUUUUCUCACCUUCGAAGAUCGUCCGAACCUGAUCGAAACCGUCGCGCACGGUUUCUUUUCUUUUUUUUUCUCUCUGACACGUAACGAGAUUAAUCGGCAGGAAUGCUAAACGAGCGAAGCGCCUGUCGCGCGCGUAUUUUUCUGCUUCCGUCGAUACGCGCGGGUGUAAGAUAAAGGAUAGUUAAGGUAAACGAUAUGUAAAUUUGUAAUAAAGAGUAAUAUUCGAUAGAACGGUU